AUUAGAUCAUAUUCAACUGCUAUACAUAAUAUAAGUGGGAGGAGAGUCAUCUGUCGGUUGUUCGACUCGGAAACAAAAACAUGUCCUAAGUGGCUUGACUUAAGAAAAAUCCCAAAGCGAUAUUCUAAAUUAAUAAUGCGUAUUUUUGUCGCUUUCCUACCGAAUACGUUAGUCCAGUACUUUGACAGAAAGGUAAAGUAUACAAAAUCUCUGUUUUUCUUUCAGCUUUCCUCUCUCUCAAAACAAAAAAAAUGUGUUCCAUUGUUUGGUUGAUGCUUUUAUUCCACUCCAGUUUGGUAAUCACUCAAAAUCUCCCUGGUGAAAACGCGUCCCAACAAAAGAGCAUUUUCAUACUCGCUGGACAAAGCAACAUGGCCGGAAGAGGAGGCGUGACAGGUGAAACAUGGGACGGAUUUGUCCCUCCUCAGUGCCAACCCAAUCCCAAAAUCCUCCGGCUGAGUGGCGACUUCCAGUGGGAGUUGGCCACGGAGCCUCUCCACCGUGACAUAGACACGGGCAAGCCCUGCGGGGUGGGGCCCGGGAUGGCCUUCUCCAACUGGGUCCUCGAGAGAGACCCGGGCAUAGGGGUGGUGGGCUUGGUCCCCUGCGCUGCGGGGGGGACCAACAUAACAGAGUGGAAGCGGGGCAGCCCUCUGUACAACCGGUUGAUGCAGCGGGUACAAGCGGCGUUGCACGGUGGAGGAGGCCUUAUCCGGGCCCUUCUCUGGUACCAGGGCGAGAGCGACACGGGGACCCACCGGGAUGCUGAGUUGUACAAGAGGAGGUUGGAAAAGUUUUUCCAGGAAAUUCGGUCAGAUUUGCUUUCUCCUUAUCUGCCCGUGAUCCAGGUGGCUUUGGCAUCAGGGGAAGGGCCUUAUGUUGAUGUGGUAAGAAAAGCACAGACCGAGAUUAGGCUUCCCAACGUGAGAUGUGUGGAUGCGAAGGGGCUGAAGCUGGAGGCUGAUGGGCUGCAUCUAAGCACGCCCGCUCAAGUCGACCUAGGUCGCAUCAUGGCUGAUGCAUUUCUUAAAAUCUCGGCUCCUCUUCCUGUGCAACGGACCAGUGGUGCCUCCAAGAGAUGGAUAGAAGAUUGGCCAUGA